GUCUUGGAGCUCUGCCUAGCUCCACCGGGACAGCCGCCAGCGAUUGCGUCGACGGGCAGCCUUGGUGGGUGAUGCACACUGAGCGACAAGGCGGGCUGCUUCAUCCAUACAUCGACAACCUGCGAUCCGGCUGCUGCACCGCAAGUCCUUCGACCAACACGCUCUCAGCACAUUCCGCCAAGAUAUAUCGAGCAGUGAAAUCACCUUGACUACGCACUUGAACCCGGGGUGAUCCUGCGCGACCGACCACGCGCGACCGUCCAACAUGUCUCGCCGCUACGAUUCCAGAACAACAAUCUUCUCCCCCGAGGGACGGCUCUAUCAGGUCGAGUAUGCUCUCGAGGCCAUCUCACACGCGGGAACAGCCAUUGGCAUUCUCGCCAAGGAUGGCAUCGUGCUUGCUGCCGAGCGAAAGGUCACUUCCAAGUUGCUAGAGCAGGACACAUCGGCGGAAAAGCUCUAUAUCCUCAACGAUAACAUGAUCUGCGCCGUGGCCGGCAUGACCGCAGAUGCCAACAUCCUCAUCAACUAUGCUCGACAAGCCGCUCAGAAGUACCUAUUGACGUACAACGAAGAUAUCCCCUGCGAACAGCUCGUGAGAAGGCUAUGCGACUUGAAGCAAGGUUACACUCAGCACGGUGGUCUCCGGCCAUUUGGCGUUUCCUUCAUCUACGCUGGCUGGGACCCGCAAAGACAGUUCCAGCUUUACCUGAGCAACCCGUCCGGAAACUACGGCGGCUGGAAGGCGACGAGCGCUGGUGCGAACAAUGCCAGUGCCUCGAGCUUGCUCAAGCAGGAUUACAAGGAGGACUGCACCCUCAAGGAGGCUUGUGGUAUGGCUGUCAAGGUGCUGAGCAAGACAAUGGACGCGACAAAGCUCAGCAGCGAGAAGCUCGAGUUUGCGACAGUCGGUCAGACCAAGGAUGGCAAGAUCUACCACAGACUCUGGAGUGCCGAUGAGAUCACAGCGUUAUUGAAGGAACAUGACCUGGCGAAGGACGAGAGCUCGGAGGACAAGUAGAAGCAUGAAGGAGUGCACGCUGUGUUCUCCAUAUGACGAAAGAUGUACUUGAUGAGAAGCAGCAGCUAAUGUCUGCCACUUUAUUGACGAGCAAGUGGCGGGCUUCAUGUCCCCAAUGCCACGAAAAGGGUGUAUUCCAAUGUUGCGGUCAAUGCUGGUCUAUCCUGUGACCUUUCGUGAUCGCCGCCGUGACUCGUGGGCCUCAGCAUAUCUCGUGUUCUGCUCCAUGCUGGUGACUUCUUCUUUGAUCUUGUACGUACUCUUGGGCAUCAGCUUCUGAAAGGUGGGGGUGGGAUACACCAGAAGUAGCCUCAUCGGCGGGGCAGG